GAAAAAACAUCAUUCAGGAGCAAGAGUUUUACAGAAAUCUGUCGGAAAGAGGCAAACAAAACAAGAAGAGGAGGCAACGCAAGCAACAGCCAAAACAGGCGGCGGCGGCGAGCGAGGGAGCAGCGUUGCAAACCACCAGCUCCCCCUCUGGAGUCUCGUCUCGCUUCCACUCCACUGCGCUGUGCUCUUCCACUCCACUGCCUCCUCCCUCCCUCGCUCACACAGCUUCCAACGAUUCCAUUCCCAGCUCCCUCCCUCCUCUCCCCAACUUUUUCCUCCGUCCCCCGUUCCUCCCCUCCCAACCCAUUUCAAAUCGCACCAAAACCCCCCCGAGGACCUGCAGCGAGGCCUCCCCUCUCCGCGCUCGCCCUAGCCUAGCCAGGCAUCCGCCCCCCGCGUAGAUCCCCCAUUCCUCGGCCCCAUCGCUCUCUCGCCCGCCCGCCGCCGGCGGCCAGAUUCCGGAUCCGCCGGGAGGUCUCGUUCGGAGACGGGAGGCGCCGCCCGUGCCUGCCUGAUCGGUCGCUGAGACUUGGCGGCGGGUCCUGGCAUGGGAUUGCGGCGCCGGGGCAUUUCCCCGACCAGGCGGCGGGCGGCGGCCUAAGAUGCGAGGGCGGCUGGCCCGGGGUGUGGGGCACCAGCUCGGGGACCGCUUCUCGCCGUGCGCCGGCGUCCGCCUGCUCAUGCUGCCGGCCGCCCGGGGCCCUCGGCGACGGGCAUUGGGGCGCGCUCUUCCCGCGGGCUGCUGAGACGCGGACGCGCCGUGCCACCAGCCUCCCGCCGGCCAUGGGCAACAGCACGUCCCGCGUCGUCGGCUGCUUCGCGCCGCCCGACAAGGCCGGCGGCGUCGACCUCGACUUCCUCGAGCCGCUCGACGAAGGGCUCGGCCACUCCUUCUGCUACGUCCGCCCGGGCGGCGGCGCCGCCGCAGACUCGCCCGCGAUCACGCCCUCCAACUCCGAGCGCUACACGCUCGAUUCCAGCGUCAUGGACUCGGAGACCCGCAGCGGGUCCUUCCGCCAGGAGCCUGCCGACGACCUGGCCGCCGCCGCCGCCGCUGCCGCCGGUCUGCAGCGGCCCUGCAGGAGCUUCGGCGAGACUACCUUCCGGACCAUAUCGGGGGCCUCCGUCAGCGCGAACGCGUCCUCCGCCAGGACGGGCAACCUCGCCGUCUCCCUCGCCGGUGACGUGCAGGAGCCCGCCGCCGCGUUCGAGAGCACCGCCUCCUUCGCCGCCGUGCCCUUGCAGCCGGUGCCGCGAGGCUCGGGGGCGCUCAACACCUUCCUGUCGGGCCCGCUGGAGAGAGGAUUCGCGUCCGGCCCGCUGGACAAGGGCUCCGGCUUCAUGUCUGGGCCAUUGGACAAGGGAGCCUUCAUGUCAGGCCCCAUCGAUGGUGGCAGCAGAAGCAACUUCUCAGCACCUCUUUCCUAUGGCGGGAGGAAGGCUCGUCUCGGGCGUCUUGUACAUAGGAUCAGCAGACCCAUGAAAACCGCAUUGUCCAGAACAUUCAGCAGGAGCUCACAAAAUCCAGGCUGGGUUCAAAAGUUUCUCUCGCAUCCUAUGACUCAACUGCCCUGGGCAAGGGACGCAAAGUCCAGAUCAGAAGGCUCACAGAAUGGCUUGGAACCCGGGAUACCUGAACAUGAGUAUAAUGUGACAAGGAACCUUCAGUGGGCUCAUGGAAAGGCAGGGGAAGAUAGGGUGCAUGUUGUUCUAUCCGAAGAGCAAGGAUGGCUAUUCAUUGGAAUUUACGAUGGUUUUAGUGGCCCUGAUGCACCUGACUUUCUAAUGAGCACUCUAUACAAGGCCAUCGAUAAAGAACUGGAAGGACUGCUCUGGGUCUACGAAGACAGCUCUGAAAGGAGUGAUCAUGUAUCUACUCAUGAAGAGGGUGAAUCAGUUGCUGCUUCUGUGGAUGCUCCUCAUGGUGAUAGUGACCAGUUCCAGAGUGACAGUGGGAAACAAGAACAAGUUGGUAAUUUUGGAAAACAAAAUAUUUCACCUGGAAAGGGUUGUGAUGAAAGUGUCUUGCAGGUUCAGCCAAACUGUACCAGCAGUGAAGAGAAAAAUUUGGCUACACAGGGUUCAACUAGUGAGAAGUUGGCCAGGGAUGAGAUAGUUGAGGAAAUGGCUGGAGCUGAUCUGGGAAAUGAUCUCCAAAGUAGAGAAUCUCAAAACUCAAACAGAGGUCUUUCAGAUACAGAUCUAAACAACAAUUGUAGCUGUGCAACAGAAACCACUUCCUAUUGUGAUCAGCAUGCCAAAUUCUUGAAAGAAAACAGAAAGAGCAAGCGUCUUUUUGAGCUUCUUGAGAUGGAAUUGCUAGAAGAUUAUAACAAAAGGUUAUCUAAGGCAUCACCAAAGGAAAGGAAAAUACCGAACUUGCAUGUUACACAGGCGGGCACUGCAGAAGUGUUCUCAAGAAACACAGCUGAAGUCUCCAGGUGUUCAUUGGCAGCAACUGGAGAAUGUUUUGAUGAUUCUGAAGAUCUUGGAAGUUCAAGACACGCUGAUAGUGUACUUGGCAUAGAUAUUAAAGAGUGUACUGGGUGUUCCAUAUCUACAUCUUCAUCAGGGCACAAGCAAGUUACGAGAAGAUUUGUGUUCGGAUCAAAGUUGAGGAAGAUGUACAAAAAGCAAAAAAUGCUGCAAAAGAAGUUUUUCCCGUGGAACUACGAUUGGCACAGAGAUCAACCUCAUGUUGAUGAAAGUGUUAUAAAAUCUUCAGAGGUCACUAGGAGAUGUAAGUCAGGGCCCGUAGAGCAUGAUGCUGUAUUGAGGGCGAUGUCACGGGCGCUGGAAACGACAGAGGAAGCAUACAUGGAUAUUGUGGAAAAUGAGCUUGAUAGACACCCAGAACUUGCAUUAAUGGGUUCUUGUGUCCUUGUAAUGUUAAUGAAGGACCAGGAUGUAUAUGUCAUGAAUCUUGGGGACAGCCGAGCUAUCUUGGCACAGGACAAUGAUCAGUACAAUAGCUCAAGUUUCUCAAAAGGAGAUUUACGACAUCGAAACAGGUCAAGGGAGUCACUUGUUCGUGUUGAACUUGAUAGGAUAUCGGAAGAGUCGCCGAUGCAUAAUCCUAACAGUCACCUAAACAGCAACACAAAAGCUAAGGAACUGUCAAUAUGUAGACUAAGAAUGAGAGCGGUGCAACUGUCAACUGACCAUAGCACGAGUAUUGAGGAGUUGAAUUUGUCUUGGCGACAGCCAGGGGUAUGGCCUUCCCCGGGACUGACAACAUUAUUAUCAUAUUAUCAUCUAGAGAACUUAUUGCUUGCUAGUUUGACGGUAGCCUUAUAUUGUCCGAUCUUUAGAUUUGAAGUCUUGAGGAUUAAAGUAGAGCAUCCUGAUGAUCCCCAUUCUGUCUUUAAUGAUAGAGUGAAGGGACAGCUGAAGGUUACUAGAGCUUUUGGUGCUGGUUUUCUAAAGAAGCCAAAAUUUAACGAGGCACUACUUGAGAUGUUCAGCAUCGACUAUGUUGGAACAUCACCAUAUAUCAGCUGCAACCCUUCUGUACUUCACCAUCGUCUCUGUGCAAAUGAUCGGUUUCUUGUACUGUCCUCAGAUGGAUUGUAUCAAUAUUUCAGCAAUGAUGAGGUAGUUUCGCAUGUGUUGUGGUUCAUGGAAAAUGUACCAGAGGGAGACCCAGCGCAAUACCUUGUAGCUGAACUUCUUUGUCGGGCAGCCAAGAAGAAUGGAAUGAAUUUUCACGAGCUACUGGAUAUCCCCCAGGGUGAUCGUCGGAAAUACCAUGAUGAUGUUUCUGUUAUGGUAAUCUCACUUGAAGGAAGAAUCUGGCGAUCUUCUGGAUGAGUGUUGAAACAUGACCUGGUCUGUUCCUUGCAGCCUUGCUUAGUGUAGUAAAUCGACUCAAUCAGGAAAGGCACCAAUGUCUUGCUGUCUUUAUUUUUCAACCAUGUUCAAAUUCUGGCAAUCCAUGUGCCUUCUCUGUCUUAUACGUUUUGGAUUUGCGCUGCAUUCUUGGGCAGUCCGAAUUGACGUAUACAUGUUUUUCUCUUUUGUUAUUAGGAAGAAAAGGUUCUUUGGAGGGCAGAUAUGUUUUCCCGGUGUUCCCUUAAAAUUUAUUUUUGUAUUGUGGGGUUAUUAUUUUAUUUUUUCUAUUUUUUUACAUUUGCUAAAAAAAGGACCGUUCUUUUCUGAGUUGGGGCACAGCCGCACAGGUGACGGGUGUCCAUGGUGUUGUGGAUCGAUGCUAAGCAAUUAUGCAUUAUGUUUAUGUGAUAAAUUGUUUUGGGGCGUAGGGGCUGUAUGCAUUAUGUUUAUGUGAUAAAUUGUUUUGGGGCGUAGGGGCUGGAGGGUUCCAUGAUACAGUUGUUUAUUUUUGUUUACGUAAUGAA